UGUUAUUACAGUUCAUCUCAGUACAAAAAGAAAACCCAGGUUAUCCCUUUCAGUAUUGGACUUAAAAAAAAAAAAAAAAAAUGGAUACAUGGAAGGCGCGUUUCGCCAAGGGAUUGGAGGUGUGGAAAGCAAAUGAUACCGUUUCAGAUGGAGAAAGUUCCAGUAGUAGUCUUCGUAGUAAUAGUGCUAUUGCUGUUGACAAUGGAAAUGAAAAAGCGACGGAGAAAAACCCUAGCUGUAGUGGUGAUGUUGUCGGUCAGCCUCCUGGUGAUGAUUGUUGCCCUAUUUGUUUUGGUACCUUUACUAUUCCUUGUAAAUCCAUAUGCGGCCACUGGUAUUGCGAAAUUGCAAUUCAAGAAAAGAUAAUUCUUGUGGCAGGGAGUUGUAUUCUGCAGUAUUGGAAUUAUUCAGCAGCAUCGAAGCCUUGCAAGUGUCCUAUGUGCGCCUCCAGAAUUACUAAGCUUACACCAGAGGCAUCCUUAUAUAGCCAGCACCAAGAUCAGGACGUUACUAAAGUUUUGGAAAAUGUUGAUAGGUAUAACCGACUUUUCAUUGGCGGUGCCCUUGGACUUGUUCAGAAAGUGCGGGAAUCACCAUUGUUUAUCAAGAGAAUGUUUCUACAAAUGAUGGAUCCUGAUAGACCUUACUCUUACCUUCACGAAAUACGCCUUUUUGCAAUGAUGCUCAGUGUCUUAUAUGCUGCCACUCCAUUCAACUUUAUUCCUACUGGAGGUUUGGGAAUUGUUAGAUUGUUUGAUUAUGUUGCUAUUGCUCUUGUUCUUGUCCUGCGUUUGGUUGGCAUCUACCGCAGACGAAGACUUGCCCAGCGUGUCAGGCAUCUGGCUGCCACUCAACCUUUAGGCGAGUUUCCAUUAGAUGAGUGAAGUAGGAAUUUGACAUGCACCUGGACGGACUGGAUAGUCUCAGUAUAUGAAGCAGAAGGUUAUUAACAGUGUUGUAUAUAGUUUUGCAGGAUGGAGUUGAAAUGAUCUGGUUUCUUAGACGAAUCUCUUGAUGCUGAUGUGUUUUUAAAGUAGUGGAUAUUGCAACUACCUUUGUAUAUAGAAAUGAAAUACUCGUAGGAAGUUUGUUGUAACCUCGACCAUCUAUCUGUACAUAACAAGAAUGCAAGUUCAACCAAAUGAAUUUUCCCAUAGUGUUGAAGGUUCAAAGUUC